AUUGAGGAAGUAGAUGAAGUUUCUAAUGUGAGGAGAAUUUGCUACAGAUUUAGGGAGGUAGCACGCUCAUUUGGAAAAGUUAAAUAGGUCUGAAAGUUGGAUAUUAUUUUUUCAUAAACAUGAAUUUACGAAUCUGCAUUUUGAUCCUGGCUUCUUUCCUGACUUGUGAAGGUUUGAUUCGGAUCCCCCUGAAGAAGACACGGACUGCUCGUCGAAUGCUUGGUGAUAAUGGCUUAACAAUUGAGCAGCUAUUGGAGAAGAGCAGGAAUGCUAAGCUCAAGAAUCUAGAUAGCCUAGCUACUCCUAAGGAGGUGCCUGAGAAACUAACAAACUUCAUGGAUGCGCAGUAUUAUGGGGAGAUCUCCAUCGGCACUCCACCUCAGACUUUCACUGUGGUCUUUGAUACUGGAUCCUCCAAUCUCUGGGUGCCUUCAAUAAAGUGCUCCUUCUUUGAUAUAGCAUGCUGGUUUCACAAGCGCUACAAUUCAAAAACAUCAAGCACGUAUCAUCAGAAUGGCACUCAGUUUUCCAUUCGCUAUGGCACUGGAAGGAUGACUGGAUUCCUUAGUCUGGACACUGUGACCAUAUCAGAUAUGAAGAUCCAGAAUCAGACAUUUGCAGAAGCAGUAACUCAGCCUGGCAUUGUCUUUGUUGUAGCUAGAUUUGACGGUAUCCUUGGAAUGGGCUACCCAUCUAUUUCAGUUGAUGGAGUGCUACCUGUGUUUGACAGUAUAUUGGCACAGAAUCUGGUUGAAAAGAAAAUCUUCUCUUUCUAUCUAAGCAGGGAUCCUUCAGCUCAGCCAGGAGGGGAACUACUGCUUGGCGGCACUGACCCAAAGUAUUACACAGGAGAAAUUGAUUACUACAAUGUCACACGGCAGGCGUACUGGCAAAUCAAAGCAGAUGGGGUGAACGUGGGUAGUCAGCUGUCCCUAUGCAAAGGAGGGUGUCAGGCUAUUGUUGACAGUGGAACAUCUCUGAUUGUUGGACCUGCUGAGGAAGUCAGAGCUCUGCAGAGAGUAAUUGGCGCACUGCCCCUGUUUAAUGGAGAGUACAUAAUCAGUUGCAAUAAGAUUCCUUCAUUGCCAGUAAUAACAUUCCAGCUGGGUGGAAAGGCCUACAACUUAACUGGCGAGCAGUACAUCCUCAAGGAAUCUCAGUUUGGUGUGAGCAUUUGUCUCAGUGGAUUUCUAGGCUUAGAUAUUCCACCACCUGCUGGCCCACUUUGGAUCCUUGGAGAUGUCUUUAUUGGACAGUAUUACAGCAUCUUUGACCGUGAGAAUAACCGUGUGGGUUUUGCCAAGGCAAAAUGAUUCUGUGUGCUUCCUGCUGAAAACCUGUGCUUAUAGUAUGAUUGCCAGUGUUUAAUGUUUCCAUUCUCAGAAUUGCAAACUAACAAAAAACAGAACAUUGAUUUGACAUACAUUUCUUUAACUUACGAAAUACAUAAAUAAUUUCAAAUUUUCAAAUGUUUACUAUCCUAAUUUAGCUUAAAAGUGCAUAUUCAGGUGUUAAAAAAUAUUUUGUAGUAUCUUAGUAGAGCAGAUAGCAAAGAGGUGCACAUUCAACAGUGGUUAGGAGGGUGGCCUAAUGGUUAAGGUGUUUGUCUUACAAACACAAGGUGCAGGGUUUGAGUCUCACAAGGGAUAAUUGGCUAGGCUUAAAGUGGUUCGCAAGGGCAGUUAGCCUAGUAUUUAUCUAUGAAUCUAAUCUAUAAUCUAAAGAAUGAUUUUGUAUUUUUGGGUGUGUGUUUUUGGAAGGAAUUGCUUGUAUAUGAAUCACAGAAAACUGGGUAAGAGUACUUCAUGGGUGUUAUAUGGGCCUUUCCAGUCGUUAAGAAUGAAUACUUUGGUAUUACAACUCUUGAAAUCUGAUACAGGUGAUCUCAUCUGAAUUUCACUACUGUAGAUUUGCACUUGGUUUUAUUUAAAAUGAAAUGUGACUACCUAAUAAUUGUAAUAGUAACCCCUAUCCUCAUACCCACCUACUCUCUUCUGUAAGUGGGUGGUUACCCGGUUAAAAAAAAUGUCCAAAACAAGUUGAAAACUGUAGCCAGUAAGCUUAGCGGUACAAAUUACACAUAAUACAAAACUGAAAACAAAUUUUAAACAUUAACAUAAGAAGUGGAAGUUAGUCCAUCCACAAGUCCAUUAGACCCAUAGCUGUUUAAUUGUGAUUGCAGAAACUGUAACCCAUAAGUUUUGGGACAGUGGCCCAAAAAUUGAGUUGUGAUUACUGAAUGUAGUACACAGCAGGAGAGGGAUUUGUACCUCUGACCACUUGACAUCAGGGGCCUGAAAAAGUGGUCAGCAGUCAUAAUUGGUCAGAAACAAAUAUCCUGUAAAAAUCUUGGAAUGGUAUCCAAAGGUGAGGUAUACUUUAAAAAAAAAAAAAAAAAAACAGUAUUGAAAAGGUCCAGAUGUUGACUUUGCUUUGUAUUCUAAAUCAGUCUUGUAAAGACAGAAAUGACAAGUACACGAGGGGCAUGUAAUUUCAGGGACAUGGCAGUACAGAUGCAUCGCUGAAAAGAUUAUGUAGCAAAUGCAACACCAUAGCAGAGUGUCAGUGAAGGUAUACAUGUAAGCACUCACUGGGCAUAAAGCAGAGGAGCUAAUCCAGAAAAGGAUGCCAUACAUGGCACGUCAUAGCACAUCCACAUAUAAUAAAUUGAGUGUCUUAUGAUUAGUUUUCAGUGAUAUGUGAUGUCAUUUUGUAUGUUGCCCUUGAAUUAAUGUUUGCUUUCAUUUUUUUUUAUUUUUCUGAGGACGUUUAGAGAAUGAAAUGGUUGCCAAUUUCAUGAACUGUAUUUAGAGGUCAUGUCUUAAAUUUCAGAGUAAAGUCCUGUGCUUAUCCUUGUUCUUCAUAUGCUGCCUUGUUAAGAGACUCCAGUGUCCCAACACUUGCCAUUUUCCGUUUGAGAGUCCAGUACAAGUAGUGGGUGGUGGGACAAGACUCCAAAGGCUUAAGGUCUGAGAGGGUCGGUUGGGCCAGAAAUUUAUGAAUGUUGACUUCUGUAACUUACAAUUAUGUAAUUUCCGUGGCAUAAUCUGUUGCUGCAAUCAUUCAGUGGACUUCUAGGCACUUGCAUUUUUCUGGAGACUUAAUCUAGUUCUGUGCAUUCUACUGAUAAAUCUGUAAUAAUACUGAAAUGGUUUGCAGUUCUAACUCUUACAUUGCGAUGUUAUGUGUUAAAAUGGCAUUCUUUCAUGAAUUGUGAUAACAUUAUUAAACUUUAUUUUUUUUUCUAAAGAUGUUAAAUACAACCAGUCUGAAAGUAAAACAUGUUCAGUCUUUUUUUUUUUUUUUAAAGUUCACUGCAGAUAACUAGUAUCAUAAGAUGAACAAAAUAGCAUUUACAAAACCAGUGGGAAUAGAUUAAAGCAAUUUGUUUUUAUAAAUGUUAUGUUUUUCUGGCCAAGAAUGAGAUUGGUGCUUUCAUUCUACCUGCAAAGUUAUUUUUAAGACAUAAGCCUAGUGAAAAUGAUUUGUGUACUCUGUGGGAAAUUAAUGAACUAGAAGUGGAGGAGUAGUUUCUGUUGUGAAAAAAAAAUUAGAGAAGUCUGCUUUUUUCAUAACAGUGUAUCAAAAAUGGAUUGAGUCAUAGCUAAACUGGGGAGGAAAUCUUGCAAGCUUUAGAUGCUGUUUCUGUUUGUCACUUUAUUUAUAUUUUAUUCACUUGUCAGUAUGAUGUCAUUUGUAUUGAACUGAUGAAUAGAACUGCACGUUUAGGAAAGAGCCCUUCUGCAGGACUAUACUUCUGGUAUGGCUUUUAUGAAUCUCAUGUCACUGAGAAAAGUUAAGGAAUCUUUGCAUAAAAAAAUAAAUAAUUAAAAUAUAAUAUCAUUUCUCGUGUAGGUCUUUUUCCAAAUCCUAGCCCCACACCAGACAACAAAGUUAUUUUAUUUACUGUAAGGGCUGUCUUUUAGAGUACUAAAAGAAGAUGCUUCAAUACAAAUUUGUACCCACUUUCAGGGGAAACCUGCUAAGCUGUUAAGCAACCGGAUUUGGAUGUUACAAUUUUAUAUUAAUUUGUUUUCAGCUUUAGUUAUCAUGGUAAAGGCAGAUACUUGGAGAUGCAAAGCUGAAAGCAUAACUCUUUCUUUGCACAAAUGUAUUGUAAGCUUUUAAUCAGUUAACUAAACUGGAAGAUCAUCUCAUGCUUUUAAACCUUUCUUGUAGAAAUGCAAAUGGAAUUUUUAACUUGUUUGAAUUUUUUUUUUGUGUGAGCUUUAAUAAAAUGUUAGUUGGAUCUUUAAAA